CACUAAUAAGAAUAUGAUACUCACAUAUUACUGAAGUAUUUCUUAUGCAGUGUUUUCUGCUUUCUGUUUGUGUGUGUGGAGGAGAAAUUUAAAUACCGGGUGAAUAAAGUCGCCCUGCCCGUGAACUUUUACAGUGGAGCACAAAUCCAGCCUCACGAGGACAGUUUGACCGAGUUACACAUCGCGUGCCAACAGAGCGGUUCUCGUGACAGCGGGACAGAUGCUUCUCAGGCAAACGCUGCCUUGGCUGCAGGAAGGGCAGCGACACAGCUUGGCUCACGCUGCCGUGUCCCUCUGAACAAGCGGAGGAUUAAUUAUUUUUUUACGCUGUUUACACCGUAGAGUGCGAGGAGUGGAAGUGGACCCCGGUUUUUGUUUCUGUGGAUCCUGUGUGGGACGGGAACGCGCGACAGGGGUGCGUGAUGCCGCCCCAACAGACGUCAGAGUGAGGCUGUGAAGAGGGUAAGAAAGGCACGCAACUGUCCGGCCCUGCUGGGAGGUGAGAUGGCUGCUGCUGAAUGGGUCUCUGAGCCUUCAGGCAAAGUCAUGGUGGUUAAAACAGAGAAGCAGGAAUGCAGGGACAACAUCCAUCAGAGACAAAUCAUCCUGCAGCUAAAUGGGCUAAAUGGCGACAGUGUCGGUACUGCCACCAGAGUUUUAGCGAUAGAGACACAUCAAAGUGACUGUGAAGCCGAUGGAACAGAGAUAGAGUAUGGCUACCCCAUCACUUGUGGAGACAGCGCAGCAGUCCUGCUGUUUAAGAAGUUUGUCUGUCCUGGAAUCAAUGUACGAUGUGUUAAGUUCAAUGACCAGCUCAUUAGUCCCAAGCAGUUUGUACACUUGGCAGGAAAAGCCACUCUGAAGGACUGGAAAAGAGCCAUCAGAGUGGGAGGGGUUAUGCUCAGGAAAAUGAUGGACUCUGGCCAGAUAGAUUUCUACCAGCAUGAGUCAGUGUGCAGCAACACCUGCCGCAGCACCAAGCUCGAUGUGCUGAUGAACAGCACCCGGCCUCCUCCAGGGGCCUUGGUGCAGCCAAGCCUGUCGUGUUUGGCUCUCGAGCCUGUUGGGGGACAGCUGGCUACUGUGACAGGUAGAUUACAGUUGGCACUUAAAGUUUCCU